AUGAUGCUUGAGAAGGGCAGAGCCAAGAACAAGGCAGUCUCCCCAAUGCUUGGAGAUGUUGAAGUCCUCAUCCCAGUGUUUGUAACGGCAGUACAGUCACCCAAGUUGGUGCUGUUUGUAUGUUUGGGUAACAUUUGUCGAUCACUCAUCACAGAAACAGUUUACAGAAAACUUGUAACUGAUCAAAAUAUUUCAGAUAAUUGGAGAAUAGACAGUGCCGCAACAUCCACUUGUGAGACAGGAAACCCUCCUGAUCAUCGAGGGCAAAACUGCAUGAAGAAGCAUGAUAUUCCCAUGAAUUACAUGGCCCAGCAGGUUACCAAAGAAGACUUUGCCACAUUUUAUAAUAUACUAUGUAUGGAUGAAAGCAAUCUGAAAGAUUUGAAUAGAAAAGGUAGUGAAGUUAAAAACUGCAAAGCAAAAAUUCAACUACUUGGGAGCUAUGAUCCACAAAAACAACUUAUUAUUGAAGAUCCCUAUUACAGGAAUGACCCCGACUUUGAGACUGUGUACCAGCAGAGUGUUAGGUGCUCCAAAGCAUUUUUGGAGAAGCCACAGUAA